GAUUACCAAGGAUGAAGUAGAUAAAUUGUUUCUUCUGGCUUGUGAAAAGCCCACUCACAAUAAAGCAUACCUAUACCACUGGCAGCAUGCACCAGCUCAUGCGCAAAAUGAGAAGACAGACUCUAAUCCAUCUUCUCUUAGCAUGGCUCCUUGCAACUUCUCAACACUCUUACUUUGCUACCAAUGUCCAAGCUGUAAAAUCAGUUCAUUUCAGGUUCAGACCUGGACAACUGAGCUCAAGGUCACACAAUGGAUAUGCCUUAUCUGCUAGGGUCAGAGGAAAGAACAAUCAUAAAAUCCCAUCAGGCCCCAACCCAGUGGGGAAUCACCGCCCACCGUCUAGAAAAUAAAUAGAUGGAUCCACUUUUUCCGCAUAGCUUAGUAACAGCAAGGGCUACUGCAUAUCUUGGGAAUUUAGAGGUCAGAUGUAUUCUUGUAGCUUUGAAGAACUGUCGUUUAGGGUGUUGUGCUCAUGCAAAAGAAUAAAUUUAAUGGAGUCUGUAUUCUAAAAGCUUC